CCAGACAAAGCCGCUGCUCCGUCGGAUGAAAACGCGUUGAGAGGAAUAAGGCAAAACACGACCUCAGUAAUACGAAGACUCACUCAAGGUUUUCGACAUACGUAGAAUGUGCGCAACGCAUUUGGUAGCUGACUUUUCUGUACACAGAAAAGCAAUUCUUCCUUGUCGAUUAAUCGAUAAACACUUCGAUAUCGAUAAUAAGACAUCGGUAUUAACCAAUUCGAUUUAGUUUAGCAUAUAUUGUGUAUUUAUAUCAGCUUGACAAUUUUUCAAGCAACGCUCAAAUAAGUGCCGAUGACUUUAAUGAAUUUGAAUUAUUUCAUUUGCGUCAUUACUCGCAUUGUUUUCGUGUAGUCAUCCUAGUCGACCGAUCUUACAUUUGGCUGAUUAUUUUUCGUUACAAACGUACAUGGGGAAUUUCACUGUCUCUUGAUUCUUGGAGUAGACAUCGUUGCAGUCUGCAAUUAGGUCGUUAUUCGUAACAAUACAUUGACGAUAUCGACGAUGCGUGAAUUUAAAAUAAUUAAAAAAAAAUUUUUUUAACUUUUCACAUUGCAGAUGUACACAGCAAGUUCAAUUGGUAAUAUCUUUUUGUCUACUGUAGAUACAUUAGGAAUGAGCUGGUGAAACCAGUAAGAGAUGUUUUUAUUGUAUGAACAAAAAUGGUUGUGGAAAGCAGACAGAGUGUAAAGAGUGGUGAGAUUUAACGUGGUGCUCAGUUGCCCAGUGCUUUGAUCUCUCGUUGUAACGGAUUUCAUGCAAUUCUUACUUCUCGUAGAAAUUUCAUGUCGUCAAUUCAUGGGGAAAUUUCUCGCACAUAAAAGUCUUCAAACUCGCUGACAUCCCUCUCGGCUUUUUCGACCCCGUUGCCGACGUUUUCACUCCGUUCCGUAUCGAAUAUUUAUCUGCUUCUUACUCGCUUACCUACUAUAUCCAAGUUGUCAAUUAUACACAUUUUCGCUUUGAACAAAUUCACGCCGCCAGGUAGAAACUAUAUGGUGGUGCAGAGAUACGGAAUAGCGGCUUCCUGACGACGUCGGUAAAUGUUCAACGCCAGUCGUUACUCCGACGUUCACCGAUACGGAUAUAUUUGCAAUUGCCUUGCUAUGUCGCGCGUGUAUACCUUACGCGUACUUUCCCGUGACACAGAAAUCCUAAUUGAUAAAUUAACUUGUUCUUGUGUAUCAUCCGAAAUCGUCGAGUGUCUUUCUCACGGUUAUUCAAGAUUUUGCGAAAGUAAAAGCUGAAAAGAAUUUUGGGAUUUUUAUUAAUUUUGUAAUUCUCUACAGUCGAUUUUUAAUUGCGUGCGGAGAAAAUUUUCAUAAAGUUCUGUACUAUUUUUCGACUACUCACAUAACAGUUCAGUGAAGAAGUGACUUAAAGAUAAUGUGUAAAAUGGACGAGUGCAAAACUUUUGGAUUGAAACUCGCAGAACUGUGACUGUUUGUCGCACAAGGAGUCUAUUGUAACUUGGACAGUAAGAAGUAGUGUCCAGUAGUAUUGAUGGUGCUAAAAUUGAAUGACAAUGGCUAAAGGGAGAAUUAAAGGUAACACGUGUCCUAUAUACUGGAUAGAAAGUUCAACUGAAGAAUUUGGAUCGCUGAGACAGCUUCUGCAGGCUGCUGUUUUCUAUCUCAUGAUAGUAGUGGCAUUAUGGUGCAUCCCCAGCAGCUUGUAUUGUCGCAUAUUAGAAACCGGGCAGUCUGUUGUACUUACGUUGGUUGAUACAGCAGCAGCUGAACUUCAGAGUCUAGCCGAUCCUAGAAUCAGUUCAGAGUUUCAUGGCAAAUCAUUGCCAUUGACCAAUGUUACUCUGUCGACGAGUUCCAUCCGAGGAGAAGAUCAGAUUGGUCAACCAGCAUCGAGUGAAACGUCCAAGUCCGUCCUGCAUGAUGAUCAGCAGAAUGAAACUAUUCAUCAGGAUGAUCCUGUCAUUGCCGAGGUUCUUUCUGAAGCGGUUGUUACUGUCAGAGCUCACCAGAAACCUGGGAACGAAGACAGAACCAGCUCUUCGAAUGAGCACCUAGUUCAGAACGAGGGGUUAGGAAGCUCUGAAGGAAAGAUAGAGCUAAAGGUAGUUCCUGGUGACAGGGGUGAACAAAUUAGCAGAAAGGAUGGAGGAAGUGUUGAAAUUUCCGAAGAGGAGGAGCUUGCGGAGAAUAUCCGGAAGGUCGAGGCUGAUGCUCUGACGACGGCACCCGAGCUGAAUGAUAGUGCAGCCAGGGCGAGACUCGUUGGGGAAGGUAGCGAUGAAGCAGCAGCUGUUAUAAUGGACGGACUCGUUGCUUCCGGUUCUACCGAUCCUCAUGAGGAUAUUCCAUCUUUUAGCGAAUGGGCUCAGCGGCGAUUGGAAGAAGCUGAAAAGAAGAAGACACACCCAAAUGCCUCGAUACAGAAUCCUGGGGGACCAACCAGGACUGUAGGUGGUAUGAAAGUUCGUUCGAAGAACUACGCAUCGCCUGACUGCGGUGCUAAGAUCGUUGCCGUCAAUCCGGAAGCACGAAGUGCCAAGAGUGUUUUGGCAUCCACGCGCGAUGAGUACAUGCUGAAUACGUGCACGUCUAGAGUCUGGUUCGUCGUGGAGCUUUGCGAGGCGAUACAGGCGAAGAAGAUCGAACUGGCCAACUUCGAGCUUUUUAGCUCAUCCCCCAAGGAUUUUUCAGUCUUUGUCAGUGAUCGUUUUCCUACUAGAGAUUGGAGCCCGGUCGGCCAGUUUACUGCUAAGGACGAGAGAGACAUACAAAGCUUUCCACUUCAUCCUCAGCUCUUUGGUAAAUUUAUUAAAGUCGAGUUACACUCUCACUACGGUGCAGAACACUUUUGUCCUAUCUCCUUAUUUCGGGCGUAUGGCACUAGUGAGUUUGAAGUGCUUGAAACGGAAACGGAAUCUGACAGUCACGUCCGGGAACCCAAUGCAGUCACUGAGGAUGACGACGAGGACGACGAAGAGAACCUCGAUGGAACUCAUGGCGAGCCAUCACGAAAUCUUUUUGGUAGUGCGCGGGACGCGGUAUUGAGUAUCGUUAAAAAAGCUGCUGAGGUCCUUGUGAAAAGUGGUAACCUUAGCCACAAUAAUAUCACGAAGAUACAGGAGAACAUUGAGAGUAAUAUUUUAGAAAGUUCCUUUGCAACUUGCAUAACACCUAGGUACACGAUCGUUUGCAACAACUGUACCGAUAAACAGUUUGCACGUGUGUUUCAACUAAUCAGCUGCAGAGGACAAUAUCUUGAUUCGCUGAUAAAAAUUAAUUUUGUUAAGGAGACCUUACGCAAUAAUAACAUUUGUACAAACGUCGGAGCGACACCUGAUUCUAAGGUUAAUGUGAAAGGUGAUACGGGAAUCGAAGAAUCGGGAAACAUCAUUAAUAAUAAUAUUAACAAAGUGUCUCUUAAUGUCCCCAUGAAUCUACAGGCGAGCUUUCUAAGUUCUGUCUUUCCUCCAGAAUGUAUCAUGGCUCUGUGUAAUGUGCUAGCAACAAAUGAAAGAAAGCUCGUGCUUAAUGUAAGCUACGAAGCUCUCCAAAAUACAUCCGACAAUGCACUACCGAAAAAGAAAAUUGGCAUAGCUGGACCGGAUGCCAAUGAAAGUGCAACCCUUUCCGGUACAAAUGGCGCAAACUCUGCUCAGAGUACUAUGAAUUCGAAAAAUUCUAUGCCUCUCUCAGACAAAGCUCUCAAUGCCGACCCAUCGCCUAUUUUACAGUCGACUCCCAGUGACUCUCAAACAAUGCAACCGACACCCUCAUACAUGGCAUCGGUAUCCUCGUCGCCAAUAGGAGAAUCACGUCAUAAAUCUCAUGAUCCUCAAGAGAACGUCGACAACUCAAAAAAAACUCAGGAAACAUUGCCAAUAGCACCGGCUCAGGAAGGUCUCGCUUCACAGAUUAAGCCCACCAGGACAUUGAGCAAGAAGGACCCGAAGAGGGAAUCUUCUGCACCUGUACUUGAGUCAAGUAAGCAUCCUCCGGAUGGAAUUGCUCAACCGGAAGUACUGACUACCCCGUCACCAUUGGGAACCUUCGGUUCUGCUAGUAGCUGGAAGGCUGUUCCUGAGGAUUUAGGAAUUUUGGAUGCCUCUGUAGAAACAGUCUCGCAAAUGAUGACCGCAAUUUUGCCAUCUAAUGCUGAUAAAAAUCAGGGUGUUCUCAGCGAUGCUACUGCGAAUGCUCCAGUUAUUAAUAAUGCUGAUGGUUCCUCUGAUACUGUGCCGCAAUCAAUGCGGACAGAAACAUCUGAACAGGAGGUCAAGCAGCAAACUCCUGGUAAAGUAGAACCAACGGAUCAGGAUGUUAAGGAUCAAUUGUCCUUUGAUACGCUCUUAUCAGAUUUGAAAGAUUUUGAGGGAGAUUCAGCUGCAUUGCACAAUAACCCUUCAGCGAGUUCAGCUUCAGUAUCACAACCGGCUGCAAGUUACAGUCCUCAGCAAAAGGAAUCCGUGUUCCUGAGAUUGUCUAAUAGGAUUAAGGCUCUCGAAAGAAACAUGUCUCUAAGUGGGCAGUAUCUUGAGGAACUUAGUCGACGCUACAAGAAGCAGGUAGAAGAAAUGCAACGAUCCUUAGAACGUGCUGUGGCAGCCAUGGGCGAAGAAUCGCGUAAAACUGAGGACCGCGAAUUGAAACGGCUGGAAGAAAUUGAAUUGUUGAAGCAAGAGGUACUGAGUCUCUCAGAGUCGGUCAAAACCCUCCUUUAUGAUCGUGACAGUUGGCGCGAUAGAUUUUCGACAAUUGGUCAACAUCUAAUUCUCAUCUGCAUUGAGAUCACAGUGGUCGUCCUGAUUCUUUCGUACUGUCGAAGGUCCAGCGACUUGGAAAUGGAAGACGAUAGAUCCUCAGAAGAAAAGGAGGUUCUUCGACGGAAAAGCGUUGGUGACACAACCUAUGCGACGUCCAUCACGUCAAAGUCUAAGAGGAACAGAAGACCUAGUGAAAUAGCUUCAAAAAUUAUCGACUCUUAUCAGGAAUUAAUGAUGGAGCACCGUGGCCAGAACGGUGACAUGGAGAAAAAGAAGAAACGGAAACGUAAGCGUGACAAUGUUAAUUCUACGACUAGAGUUGGGUCUACUGGAUGUGGAACAUCGAGAGUUGAACCUCUCCGUAGAAACGCCGAAGUCCGAACAAAUGCUUUAGUUAGAGUGGAAGACAUCACACCGGGAGGUCGUGGGCCUCAAUCAAGUUUAUCAAGCCAGUCAGAUGGCGGACGAAAUAGUGGACGUUGCAUAAGAACAGAAUCUUCAUUAAUAGAGAAACCAUUUAAUCGUUACAGUGAAGAUAAUCUCGACGAAGUAGUUUAUCAUGAUCGCAGCUCAUCCCCGGAGAUUAAGCACGCCGAUGAUAUUCAGGAAUGGAGGCGAGAUUUCAAAACGAUGAAUCCCAACGAUAAAAAUUCGUUAGCGACGGGUGAUCGUUUACAGACAGUAUCUGAAUAUCGUUUAGAUGAAAACAUUGUCUCCAAGGAGACCUUCGGCCAGCCUGGCGGAAUUUUAAAAAGUACUAAGUUAUCCUCGCCGUCCUUUAUGAAGACGGCUCUGGAGAUGAGAAAUAAAAGACGUCCAUCAGGACAGCCGGAGGAGGUGGCGCUUACACGCUCUGAUUGGGGAUGGUACUCGAAGAAUUCGAGCAGUAGGUCUAGUCAGGAAAGUUCAACGAGUUCACGUAUUCUUAAAGAAAAUGACAGUAACACAGAGCCCAAUGGAAAUGCAGCCAAUGGCCGUCAGGAAGAUAGUGAUGAGGCCAGUAGUGGUAGUUCAAGUCCUACGAGAGUAAGAAAAGAUAAAAAGAGUACAGGACUUAAGAAAAUGGUGAGGAAGCUUUUUUGAUUGAAGUAGUGGUUCGUUAGUAAUUUGAUGCUCGAGUACUUCCUUAUCGGACAAUUUUUAUCUUGUAAUAGCCGUGCGACUAUUAGAGUGUCGUUCAUUGAAACUAGAGAAGAACAUUUUCGAGAACUAGGGACUUUUGCGAUCUGUCGAUAUACUUAGAGAUAUUCGUAUAUGACUUUGUGAGAAGUUUAUCCAAUUAAAGUGUUUGGACAUGCUUAUAAAGAGCUAUCAUAAAUAUCUCAGCUUAUCGAUAUUAGUGUUAAAUAUUUAAAGUGAAGAGCAAGUAUAUUUAUGGGAAUAUAAAAGCUAGGCGCAAGUAGGAACGCAAGACGCAAGUUAUAUAUUUAUUAUAGCCAAUAAAAGAAUAACCAAGUCAGAAGGUUUAUUAGCUAGAAUGCUUAAACACAAGGAAUGAUUGUAAAGUCAUGAUAAUAAUGAUUUCACAGUAUAGCCAAAGUGCUUCUAGUAGUGGGGUAAAGUGUGAUAUGUAAUGUAUACCAAGCAACAUGUAUGAAGUAUGCCGCUUAUUAAUUUAAAGAACAUUAUGCACAAGUGGACCAGUCGAACAAAUUUCACUCCUUAAAUAGGAAGCAGUAGGAUUAUUAUUUUUUAAUUGCUAUCAUGCUAUUUAUAAAGGUAGUUCAUGUCAUUCAUGAAUCUAAUUAAUGUGUACUCAUAGACAAACGUUAUGAUUACAGUCAUGAAAAUGUAAAACUGAUAGAUAUUUGUUUCAGACUUAAUUACUCGGGCCACGAGCGCCAGAUAUAUCGUAGGAAUUGUUUUCCCACUCAACAGAGGAUCUAAUUAAUAGUCCACUCCUAUUGGAACAGGGUGAAUUAAAAGUAUACAACGUGUGCUGACGAACAUUGCGAUUACAAAAUGUUUCCUCCCAUUUUAAUAUUUAACUGUUACAUAAGUUUGUAUAAUAUAAUUUUAUUGAAAGAGGUCUGGAUGGCUGACAGUAUCACUUAGGAUCUAGUAUCGGCUCUCGCAGGAAAAAUCUAUAAAAAAAUGGACGUUUUAAACGAUAGUUUAUCCCUAGGAUAGAUAAGUUAUUAAAUUAAAUUAUGUUAUAUAAGAAGCAGCUGCCGGCAACAUGCCACUAUGUGGUUAUAAAUACAGCAGGUCGAAUUUUAUAUAUUAAAUAUUGAUAUACCUUUA